AUGCCCAAGAUUAGGACGAGCAGGACAAAGCCCCCACCCGAGGGGUACGAGGACAUCCAGGAUGUCCUCGAGGACUAUGACAAGAAGAUGCGCGAUGCUGAGAGCGACUCGCACGAGGGAAAGCGCAAGGUCGAGUCGACUUGGCCAAUCAUGCGCAUCUCGCACGCACGCUCGCGGUACAUCUACGAUCUGUACUACAAGCGCGAGCUCAUCUCGCGCGAGCUGUACGACUGGCUCCUGAAGCAGGGCUACGCGGAUGCCAACUUGAUAGCAAAGUGGAAGAAGAACGGCUACGAGCGCCUCUGCUGCGUCCGCUGCGUCCAGACCCGCGACAUGAACUACCAGGGCUCGACGUGUAUCUGCCGCGUGCCCAAGGCCGCGUUGAAGAAGAACACGAUUGUCGAGUGUCCCAACUGUGGCUGCCGAGGAUGCGCGUCGGGCGACUAGAUGCCAAGCCAUGCCCGCGCCGCGCCGUCCGUUCAUAGCCUGUCGAUUAUUGCA